AUCUAAAUCUAAAUUCUAUAUAAAUCUUUAGUCACUGGUUUAAAGUUAAUACAAACACUAAAACUUAAGCUAUUCUAUCAUAUUCAUGGGGAAGAACUUGUUGCUUUCAUACUGUUUUUUUCAUCCUCUACUACUACUAUCUUCCAUUUUUGGAACAGAUGCAAUUCAACUGAUAGUAGUUAACAACUGUAACCAAGAUUUGUGGCCGGGGAUCCUAGGUAACCCAGGUCAGCAGAACCCAAAAGAAGGCGGUUUCCAUCUCUCGAGUGGUGAGGAAGUUGUCCUAGACCUGCCCGAAAAAUGGGCAGGAAGGCUAUGGGGUAGACAAGGUUGCAGCUUCGACAAACAAGGAAGAGGAGAAUGUGAGAGUGGCGACUGUUCCGGACAGCUUAAUUGUCGCGGCACAAGUGGAGUUCCACCAGCCACAGUCGUAGAAAUGACAUUUGGCUCGUCAGUCUCCCCUCUUCACUACUACGAUGUUAGCCUUGUCGAUGGAUUCAACUUGCCGGUUUCUAUGAAGCCAGUAGGGGGUGGGGUCGGAUGUGGUGUCGCUAAAUGUGACGCGGAUAUCAAUAUUUGUUGCCCUUCAGCAUUGGAAGUCAAGAAGGGGAAUAAGGUUGUGGGGUGUAAGAGUGCUUGUUUAGCUAUGCAAUCAGCAAAAUAUUGUUGCACAGGGAAGUUUUCUGACCCUAAGACUUGUAAGCCUACUGUUUUUGCUAAUUUGUUUAAGGCUAUUUGUCCUAAGGCUUACACUUAUGCCUAUGAUGAUUCUUCCAGUCUUAAUAGAUGUAGAGCUCCUAGAUAUGUUGUAACUUUUUGCCCACCAAAUUAGAUCAAUCUAUUGAUCGCGUAGAUUAUUGUCUCGAAAUUUUAUUAGAUUACGAAUUAAUCAUUUUUGGAAAGAUUGAAUGCAUAAUUGAUAAUAGUACGGUGUUUUAGAGAUCUCAAUUUAGUUUUUGUAUAUUACUCUUUAUAUACUAUUGGGUUUGUUAUAUAUCUUUCGAAAAGUUCUCAUAUAGAGAAAUGAAAUGUUGCAAAUUCAAUGAGAUGAAAGGAUCAGAGAUUAUCCCAAUUCUCGGAAGAAUG